UUAGUUAUCUUUAGUCCGCCGCGUCGUUCGCAUCGUACAUGCGGCAUUUGCGAUCAGGCGUCCUCAGCGGAAACCGCAGCCGAGUGUUGUAUUCGAUUCGAUUCGAAAACGAACAGCAGGAACAAGAGCAGAAUAAACGCGCCAAAAAUAAGAGCAGCACUUGCCACCAAAAUAAGCUAAGACGCAUCUGCAACAGCGCAGCAGCAACAUCAACAGCAGCAACAUCGACAGCAGCGACACCCCGACAUCGAGACAUCGGCAACAUAUAGAAAAUGGCCACGCAACAGACGAAGUCGCAGGACGAACUGGCAUCCAAAGGCCUGGUGUCCAAGCAGCCGGAGAACAUUAAGGAGGAGAAUGAGAGUGAGGAGGAAAUCGAGGAGGCAGCCGUUGUCGUGCCUCCGGACAGCGGAUGGGCCUGGGUGGUGAUGGUCGCCUCCUUCCUCUGCUGCACGGUCAUUGACGGCAUCGUCUUCUGCUCCGGACUCAUUCAGGAGGAGCUGAUGAAAGAGUUCGGUGUGAGCAAGGCCUACGUGGCGUUCGUAUCCUCGCUGCUCAGUGGAUGCUACUUGAUGGCGGGACCCUUUGUUAGUGCCAUGGCCAAUCGGUUUGGCUUCCGUCCGGUUACGAUCACCGGAGCCAUAUUCGCAGCCAUCUGCUUCGGACUCUCGUGCUUAGCCACCAGUGUGGAGUACCUGUUCCUAAUCUACGGCGUGCUCGGAGGCAUUGGAUUCUGUAUGGUGUACAUACCCGCUGUGGUGAUCAUUGGAUUCUACUUUGAGAAGUGGCGUGCCCUGGCCACCGGAGUUGCGAUGUGCGGUUCCGGAGUUGGCACCUUUGUCUUCGCCCCACUUACCAAAAUCCUGCUGAAGUCCGGCUGGCGUUAUACGCUGGGCAUUCAGGGCAUCAUCGUGUUGUCCUGUGCUCUUUUUGGCCUGGCCUUCCGACCCAUCCAACCCAUUACGCUGUCUGUGACCAACGAGGAGGGUGACGAGCAGGAGAAGAAGAAGUUGAAUGGUCAUGGCAAUACAGUGGCCCCCACGCCUCAACUCCACCAGGCGGCCUUCACCAAGCCCCUGCCCGAAGGUCGUUUCGCCUACUCGAUGCCCAACUCGGCACACAACACGUAUAUGGGUGCCUCCCAGCGUAACCAUUAUCCCACCGCCCAGGAGAUCUUUAAGGGCAUGAACCUGGAGCGCCGACCAUCUGGAACGGCCCAGGGCAGCAAGGGCACGGAGCUGAAGCAGCUGAGGAAGUCGCAGCCCACCACGCCCAACGGAGAUCCCCAACAGCUUACCUUCAAUCUGCACAAGGAACUGACCACCGUGGGUGAGAACGAGGAGGAGGCCGAAAACGAUAACCUGUUGGAGACGGAGGCCAAGCCAGUGACUAUCCAGGCACGCCGUCACACCGUAUCCGGACGCAGACCUCAGGAUAUUGGCAAGCGAUCCGCCGCUGCAGCUCACGAGGCCCACCAUGGACAGUCGCACUCUUCAUCCAGACCAAUGUACCGAGACGAUAUCUUCUUCUCUGGAUCUCUGACCAGGAUUCCCCAAUACCAAUCGCAGACCUCGCUGGCCUACCACAUGUCUGUGACGCGUCUGCCGACCAAGCAGGACAUGCUGGAGGAUCGGCAGAAGGGAUGCCGCAUCUGCCCGGAGGCAGUGCGUCGCACCUUAUCCACCAUGUUGGACACCACGCUGCUCAAGUCGCCCGCCUUCAUGUGCCUGGCCUUCAGCGGCUUCCUCACCAUGAUGGGCUUCUUCGUGCCCUUUACCUUCCUGGUGGAUCGCGCCAAGGCAGCGGGUAUGGAUGAACAGGCGGCCUAUGGAGUGCUCUCCGGAAUCGGCGUAGUAAACACAUUUGCUAGGAUCGUGUGCGGAUCGCUUAGUUCCUUCCCUGCCGUAAAGCCACUCUGGCUGAACAACAUUGCGCUAACCGCCGGCGGCAUCGCUACCCUCUGCAGCGGCAUAGUCAUCGACACGGCCACCCAGUGGACAUUCGCCCUGUUCUUCGGUAUCUGCAUUGCCUGCUUCUCCGCCCUGCGAUCCCUGAUCGCCGUGGAGCUGAUCGGACUGGAGAAACUGACCAAUGCGUACGGAUUCCUUAUGCUGUUCCAGGGAUUGGCAGCUACUUUCGGCAGUCCCAUUGCAGGUGGCCUCUAUGAGAUGACACACAGCCACAACGCCGCCUUCUACUUCGCUGGUGCCCUGAUCCUGCUCUCGGCCUUCCUGUGCUACCCGCUCACCUGGGUCAGCCGAUGGGAGCAGCGGCGCAACGAGAAGCUGACCCCCCUGCCCGCGGCCUAAGGAGAUGCUUGGAUCGGAGCGAAUGAAGACAUGCCAGACAGCCUGAACACCUUGUCAUCGCAGCCACAACUAUCUCCGAUAGCACCUUUCGGUAUUGGCAACAUUAAUUGCCAAUCACUCAUCGUGUCGAUGGAGCUCCCGAUAUCCCGAACUCUCGAUUUCGGAGGGAAGCGAGUGCGGAAGCGUGUUCCGAGUACUUAAUACGUUUAAGAUAAGACUAAUCGUAAUGUUGUGCCUUCAGCGAUAUCGAGUGCCUACCACACACACCCCUAAUACCCCACAACCAAACCUAUCCCUAAUCACACGCAUGCGAGCAGAGUGGAGCGCGAGUGUAAAUUAUGUUUCUAUAAGCUUUAGUGGAGGAGCCCAUAGCGGGAAUAGAAUUUAGCAGCUAGGCUAAGCGGAGGAUCGGCGUGGAGGAGAACCGAACACAUUAUUAAUAUUAUUACGAUAGGACGUAAGCAGCUGAGCACAUGGCUAUGGCUGGGCCACAAGUCGACUGCCAAGUUAAGAAUCGUUUGUUGAGUUAUUUAACAUGAUAGGGAACGAGCAUUUGUUUACCUUGUAAGAGAUAUGGUACUGCACCGCCAUCACGGACUUGUUAUGUUACAUAUAUAGCUAGCUACAUAGUUACAUAGCUAGCUAGAUAUACGUUUAUCAAUCAAACAAUCAAUCAAUUAGAGACGCGGCCAGACGAUCGGUCGGGGUUAAUGCACCCACCACCGAUCUCGAUACCGAUGCCGGCGCAUCGCGGGAUUAGCCGAUCGUGGACGAAACGAAACAAACAAUCAACCGCACGAUGAGGCAUCUGGUAAAAGUGCUGUGCUCUUAUGCAAACCGAUUUAAAUAUAUAUAUUACACGAUACAGAUUCAGAAACACACACGGACCGCCACAUACUCAGCACGAUGAGUGCGUUUCGCGUUAACGUUUAUCAACUACAAUUACAUUAAAACAGAAUGAAUGAUUUAUAUUACAUUUAAAUUAAUGAGUUUACAUUGCAUUGCAUGCGACAUAAGGUUACACUUCAUAAACAAUAAAGACGAUUUCAAUAAUACGAA